CCCCGCCCAUCGCCGGAAGCCCCGGUGGGCGGAGGUCAGGCUUUGGUGUCGCCGCUGCCCCGUCCACCCCGGGGUCCGUCCUCUGACCAGAGCUGGCUUUCCCGGGAGGUCAGGCGGAGUAUCGGGCCUGCGUCCCCCGCGGGCGGCCCAGCGGCAGGGCUGGGUCCCGGGCUGCCCGCUUCCCGCUUCCCGGGGGCGGCGGGGGCGGCGGCGGCCGCUGGGUACCGGCGCGGGCGGCGCAGCACCGGAGACCUUGCCUCUCCCGCUCUUCCAGUCGCCGGGGUGGCGGGCCGACCCCCGGGCGGCCGGCGCAGACGACCGCCAUUCCCGUGUCGCUCCGCCCGCGGGGGCCGCCCGAGCCGGCCACCAUGCCGCUGGGCCUGAAGCCCACCUGCAGCGCGUGCAAGACCACGUCCUCCUCCAUGUGGAAGAAGAGCCCGCAGGGAGAGAUCCUCUGUCACCACUGCACGGGCCGGGGCGGCGGCGGGGGCGGCGGCGGCGGCGCGGGGGCGGCGGGCGGGACCGGGGUCGCCGGCGCCUUCGGCACGGCCACCUUCGCCAGCACCUCGGCCGGCCCCCCGCAGAGCAACGGGGGCGGGGGCGGCAAGCAGAGUAAGCAAGAAAUCCACAGAAGGUCAGCCCGGCUCAGAAACACCAAAUACAAAUCCGCUCCAGCUGCCGAAAAGAAAGUCUCCACCAAAGGAAAAGGGAGAAGGCACAUUUUUAAAUUAAAAAACCCUAUCAAAGCUCCUGAAUCUGUUUCUACUAUAAUUACUGCAGAAUCCAUCUUCUACAAGGGAGUAUAUUACCAAAUUGGUGAUGUUGUUUCUGUGAUUGACGAGCAAGACGGGAAGCCGUACUACGCUCAGAUCAGAGGCUUUAUCCAGGACCAGUACUGUGAGAAGAGCGCAGCCCUGACAUGGCUCAUUCCUACCCUGGCUAGCCCCAGAGACCAGUUCGACCCUGCAUCCUACAUAAUAGGGCCAGAGGAAGAUCUUCCAAGGAAGAUGGAAUACCUGGAAUUUGUCUGCCAUGCACCUUCUGAGUAUUUCAAGUCAAGGUCAUCACCAUUUCCUACAGUUCCCAGCAGACCAGAGAAGGGCUACAUAUGGACUCAUGUUGGACCUACUCCUGCAAUAACUAUUAAGGAGACAGUUACCAACCACGUAUAGUUACAGAACCAAACCUGGGGCAUGUUUAGUUAGCAUGUAUGAAACUGAUUUUAAUCUCCAGAACAUACACACACACCCCAAGAUAAAACCAACUUUCCAGUUUCUUAUAUUUUAAUAUAUUAAGAUAUGCCACACAUUUUUCUCUUGAAGCUUUUUUCCUUAGAUUUUUGAGAUAGGAUCUCACUGUAUAGCCCAGGCUGACCUUGAGAUCCCUCUGCUUCAUCCUCCUUGAGUGCUGGGAUUACAGAUGUGUUACACCAGGGCUAGUUAAUGCCCGAUCCUUCUUUCAUGAAGCUCCCAUGUGGAAACGUGACUUGAGAAAGCUUUUAUCCUACUAUCCCUAAUUAUUAGCUUCCUUAGUAUCUGUUGCUUAGAAAAAUCACAGGGUGGGAAAAGGAUGAAUUUGAAGUUUAAUAUUAAAUUCCAUGCAUAUUUUCCUAGGCAAAAGUGGCAGAUUCCAGGGAAACCAUUAGAAACAUGGAGUGUCUAUUUUUCUUCAAAUUUAUUUCUACAAACACAUAAAAUGAAUUGUAUUUUUAUAUAGGUACAGAACAUUGAGUUUUAGAUUUAUUUUGUUUUCUCCUCAAGACAGGGUUUUUUCUGUGUAGUCUUGGCUGUCCUGUAACUCACUCCAUAGACCAGGCUGGCCUCGAACUCACAGAGAUCCGCCUGCUGCUGCUUCCCGAGUGCUGGGAUUAAAGGUGCAUCUGGCUUACUUAGAUUUCUGAUCAAGGACUAAAUCAAAAUGUGACCAGUGUGUUUCAUUUUUUCCUUCUCUAGAAGCAGUCCUCAGCUGCUUUGGUCCUACAGAAAGCAAUUGGUAGGUGAUUUUAUUAGCCCUGGCUCUUUAAGACUUGAUCUCAUCUGCUCUCAGUCCAACUGCCUUUACUGUCAGCAUCUGCUGCUCCUGUGAGCGGUUCUUCUGUCAUGCCUCUGAUCUGCAGUAUAGACGUCCCCUCUUUCCACUCAGGCAGCAGACCACGUAACAAUUUCCUGUUAUUAGGAUAGUGACUGGCUAUCUUGGAAGUGACUAGUAGGUCAUUAGUUUUGGUAGUCAAAAGACCCCAAGUUAAACCAUUUGCUGAGGAUUCGUGGUGUGCUAUGCCUGGGAAUGUCUGUUGUCUGUUUCAAAUGCAACUUUGUCACAUGCAGAGGAGGAGUGGGCAGGCACCCACAUGCUGCCUCUGUCCUGAUCUAUGUAGACAGAAGUUUUAACCCCGGGAAUGUAUGAAAAUUUGACAUGAUCCUAAUGAUUUUCAUCAGAACUCUUUUACCUUCUUCUCUCAUCCCAAAGUUGGGAAGAAGCAUCUUCCUCCUUGGGAAUAAAAAAAAAAAAACUACAAUGAAAUUCAUUGUAAAUAUUGUUGGAAAUGACCUUCUAAAUGCCAAUAUUCCAGUGUGGGAUUAAAAUAUAUUUUUACAAA